AUGGCUUGGUGGAAUCCACCAUCGUGUAUAGGAAGUGACUUUAAUGUGGUUCGAUUUCCUAUUGAGAGGUCGAACGGUGGGAGACUCACGAAGGCUAUGGAGGAUUUUUCAGACUUUAUAAGGGAGAAUAUGUUGGUGGAUUUGCCUAUGAUUGGAGGAGAUUUUACCUGGUCAUCCAAUCGGGAUCAAUUUGCUCUUUCUCGUAUUGAUAGAUUCUUGAUAUGCGGAGAGACGGGUGGAGGACGAAGGCCUUUUAGGUUCGAAAAAAUGUGGUUGAAAGUUGAAGGUUUUAGGGAGCAAGUACAGACUUGGUGGAUAUCUUACGAUGUCAGGGGGUCUCCUAGUUUUGUGUUGGAUCAGAAGUUGAAGUCUUUGAAAAGAGAUUUAAAGAAAUGGAAUGAGGAGGUUGUGGGCAAUGUAAACUGUCAUAAAAUUCAGUGUCUUUCCGAGAUUGAUGAGUUGGAUAGGUGGGAGGAGAGUCGAAGGUUGGCUGGGGAGGAGAAGGAGAAACGUAGAGCAUUAAGGGAAGAAUUGGAGAGGUUGGUGGAGAUGGAGGAGAUUGUUUGGCGUCAGAAAUCUAGGGUCAAUUGGUUGAAAGAAAGAGAUAAAUGUACUAAGUUUUUUCAAAGGAUCGCUAAUUCUAAUAUGCGCAAAAACUCGAUUACAGUGUUGGAAGUGGAUGGGAUAACUUAUGAAGAACCAAUCGAAAUUGGAAGCCAAUUGGUGAAUUUCUAUCAGAAUAUAUAUCAGGAGCAGUUUGAGUGGAGGCCAAAGUUGGAAGGUUUGGAUUUUUGUACUAUCACGAAGGAUGAUGCCGGGUGGUUAGAGCGACUUUUUGAGGAGGAUGAAAUCAAGGAGGUAGUGUUUAGCAUGAACGAGGAUAAGGCCCCUUGA